AUGAAGUUGAGUCUUGCCACUGGGAAGGACCUAGUACGGCUAGCUACUGCCUUUGCUGAUGCUAGUAUAAGCGAUGUGGCCCUUUUCGAUCGGCUUGGGGUACACCUUAGUGGUGUGAUCCAUACACUCACUGUUGGAGUACUCGUCGAUGCUUUACUAGCAUUCGCCCGCCUACGAAUGAGGCAUGAUCUCCUCCUUUUAAAGGCAUCUGACGUACUGGCGUCUAAGAUUGGACAGCUAGACCCCGAACAACUAUGUCAUGUAGCCUUCGUCUAUGGUCGUUUCGAACAAGUCCAUCCUAGCCUCCAUGAAGCAUUGGAGAGUCGGAUGGGAAAGAUAUUCGUAUUAACACCCCAAGGUGGUUCUGGGUACCCAACUCAUGGACCGCUGCCCAUUCCCUCCCUGUGUGAUCUCACUAUAUCCGUGGCUAUACUAGACCUCCAGUGGAUCGGUCAGAGAGCCUAUUUAGAGGAAAUGUUCAGUGCUGUCGACUGGGACGAGAUCUCACUGCCGGGUUCUAUAAGCUCCCGAUCCGUCGGGUUUCUGCGGCCCUGGCUCGGCUUGGGGCCAAUCCUCCACUAUCAGCCUUUAGAAGAGCAUCAGGGAGUACCACUGAGAGGUACUAGUGUCCCUCGAUAUGCGGAGUCCUAUCUGCUGAGCAGGAUCGCUAUGAAGAACUGUGUCGAAGGCUCGGUACUUUGUGAUGAUCUGGAUAAGUUACCAGCUGAUCUCCGAGAUGAAGACCCCUAUCAGCUUUCUAUCAUCAAGUACAUCUGUCUGAGUGGUCAUGAUUUUGCACUAGAUGGAGACCUGAGCAAUUACACUAAAUUAAGGCUGCAUGCAUUGAUAGCAAAGGCAGGGUGGCCAAGGGUCGUGCCCCUAUCGAGUAAGAACUGGAGGACAGCUACUGAUAAGCUCAACUACCUACAUCAAGCGACAGCUAAUGGAGAGGGGUAUACUGAUUAG